GAAGGAGCCUUUUUUGGGUACAUGCUACGCAAUUUUCAUAUGUAUAACUGUAAUGAACAUACAGUACUGGAAAAUUUUAUCUGUGAGUUGCAUGACGACAAUGUUAGAUCCCUUACCAUUUUUAACUUUGUAUGCAUGAACAGAUGAACACUCAAUACAGUAAUUUUCAUAUUUGGGAGGUGUAAUUUUUAAAACUAGUGACAAUGGGAAAUCCUUAUCGGUGUUCUUUUAUGUCUUAUCUAGUUAACAUAACAUAGUGUUAGUUGGAGAACCCAUGAUGGGAACAAUUACGUUCCCUUGAAUUACUGGGCUAAAUAUGCUCCUUUUUUGCAAUUGCCAGCUUGAAAAGCUCAUAAAUGCUAAUUCAACUGAGGUUGAUUGGGAACGUUCCUUCUAUUUGAAUUUAGUCGCUCACACGUCAUAUACUGUCACAGUGGCAUUGUGCAGUAUCAGCAAUCUUCGCAAUCGUGCAGACAAAAGCAAGCGGUUGCCUCCAAUUUACAAGGUUUCAAAAACUGUAUAUGCAUCCCCUAGCCGUGUAAAUUUCCGCCUUGAUCAAAGAAAGGCUGUAGAGACAGUACCUGCAUAUCCGAACAUUUAUUUCUCAGUUGAUGACUUCGAUGAUCCUUUUGAUGCUGUGGUGAGUUCUGAUUUACUUCUCCCAAAAAUUACAUAAC